CUCCACACCGCCAAAAGGGCGACAUCAAAUCAGAUCGUUGAAGAAAAACUCUCUCUCUCUCUCUCUCUCUCUCUCUCUCUCUCUCGAACGCUCUGAAUGCGUUCCUUGGACAUUGGAACAAUGGAGGAGCCCUCUCAAAGCAUUUCAUCAGCUUUGGGGAAUUACCCUCUGUUUUCAGCUUUGGUUGCGUUUGUGAUCGCUCAGGCUAUCAAAUUCUUCACUACCUGGUUUAAGGAGAGACGAUGGGAUUUAAAACUACUUAUUGGAUCUGGUGGAAUGCCAUCAUCCCAUUCUGCCACAGUUACUGCUUUGGCAGUAGCUAUUGGGUUCAAGGAUGGCUUUGAAGGAUCUGUAUUUGCUGUUGCGAUGGUCUUCGCUUGUGUUGUGAUGUAUGAUGCGUUUGGUGUAAGAUUACAUGCUGGGCGUCAAGCAGAGGUAUUGAACCAAAUUGUGUAUGAACUGCCAGCUGAACAUCCUCUGGCCGACACAAGACCACUCCGCGAACUUCUUGGCCACACUCCCACUCAGGUCAUUGCUGGGGCAAUGCUAGGAUGCGUCACAGCCAUUGUUGCGCGCAUCCUUUCCUUGUUGUAGUCAGCAUUCCAGCUUUCUACGGGAAAGAGAGGUAUUUUUGUUGAUUACUGGGAUAUUAUGAGGAGGUCACUCUACAGGAAAGAGAGGUAUGGUUGUUGAUUACUGGGAUAUUAUGAGGAGGUCACUCUACAGGAAAGAGAGGUAUGGUUGUUGAUUACUGGGAUAUUAUGAGGAGGUCACGAGAUGAGAAGUUGCCUGCAUGGGCUCGAUCCUCUUCAUGGAGUUGUAACCGAACUGUUUGCUUGGGAUUGCUGCAUAAAUUCUUGUUUGUCUGGUUAGAUAAACCUGUUGAUUUAGUUGUUCAUUAGUAAUUACUGUCAUUCACUAUCUCUCUGUCAUUCGAUUUUUAGUAAUGUAACAUUCAUGAAUCAUAAAUGUUUCUGCGUGUACUAUAUAUAUAAGAUAAACUCUUAGUCAGGUUGGAAAU